CGGGCCCCAUACCUUGUGCCCAAGCAAGCCACCACGGGCCCCAUACCUUGUGCCCAAGCAAGCCACUACGGUGCUCGUGCAGUAAGCAAUCGAGGCGGGGGUGGUCCUCGAAGCUUAAAAAUUCCGGCGGAUUUAUUUUUCCGGAAAAGAAUUCCAUAACACUUUGGCAAGGCUGCAACGGGUCCCAUACCUUGUGCCUAAGCAAGCCACCAAAACAAAACAACCACCACAUCUUCGCACUGCCGCAUACCCACACUAGCGCAUCUCCUCUCGUCUACUGUCUGCCGCCCGCCACCAUCCAGCUUUCAUCUACAUCCAGCUCGCCGCCGGCCCUUGCCGCCCGCUGCCCGAUGCCCGCCGCCACCAUGGCACCACCAUUCUCCUACGACAUCUUGAAGACGAUUAUCCCGGGCGGCCGGCCGAUCGCGGCGGGGGUGCUCACCCAAGCUCCGGGAUUCUACCGGAUAUUGUUCUCCCAAACGGAGUUCGAUGCUACUAUAAAGAAGCUGAAACGGGCCCCAUACCUUGUGCCACCAUGGCACCACCACUCGCCUACGACAUCUUGAAGACGAUCUUUCUGCGCGGCCGGCCGAUCGCGGUGGGGGUGCUCACCGAAGUUCCGGGAUGGUACCGGCUAUUGUACUCCCAGAGGGAGUUCGAUGCCGCUAUAAAGAAGCUGAAACGGGCCCCGUACCUUGUGCCCAAGCAGGCCACCAAGCACCCCGGUUCCGCAAAGAUCUCCGAGAACUUGUGA